CACACAGCGCCCUGGGGUCCCCAGCAGAGGGUGUGAGGAGGGAGCUUGCCCUGAAUUCCCAGCUUUCUUUCUUACCAUCUGUACUCCUUCUGUGUGUGUGUCUGUCUGUGUGGGGUGUGGGUCUUGUGGUCUGUAUAUGUGUGUGUUCACCCACACAUGUCUUUUCGACAUUGCUGGCCCGGGUGGGUAUGUAUGUGUCUGUCCGUGUGCAAUGUGGGUCUUAUGGUUUAUAUAUGUGUGUGUCCAUGUGUCUGGGCUUGGGUGUCUGCGUGUGCCUGUGCUCCCGGGUCUGCAGUGAACAGCGUCACGCUGGCCGUGAACCUGGUGGGCUGUCUCGCAUGGCUGAUCGGAGGCGGGGGAGCCACCAACUUUGGCCUCGCCUUUCUCUGGCUCGUCCUCUUCACACCCUGCUCCUACGUCUGCUGGUUUCGGCCCAUUUACAAGGCCUUCAAGACUGACAGCUCCUUCAGCUUCAUGGCGUUCUUCUUUACCUUCAUGGCCCAGCUGGUCAUCAGCAUCAUCCAGGCCGUGGGCAUUCCUGGUUGGGGAGUCUGCGGCUGGAUCGCCACCAUCGCCUUCUUCGGGACAAACGUGGGCUCUGCGGUGGUGAUGCUCAUUCCCACCGUCAUGUUCACAGCUGUGGCGGUCUUCUCCUUCAUUGCCCUCAGCAUGGUUCAUAAAUUCUACCGGGGCAGCGGGGGCAGCUUCAGCAAAGCCCAAGAGGAGUGGACCACGGGGGCGUGGAAGAACCCCCACGUGCAGCAGGCGGCGCAGAACGCAGCGAUGGGGGCAGCCCAGGGGGCCAUGAGCCAGCCGCAGACUCAGUACCCCGCCACCCCGAGCUACACAUAUUCCAACGAGAUGUGAGGUGGUUGCCGAGGCCGCUGCCGCUGGGCAGGGCUGCCCGCCGGCGGGGCAGGGGGCUCAAGCCACAUUAUGUGUUGUGGUGACAAAGCAGGGUUCCUCCCUUCCUUCUUCCUCCUCUUCCUCCCUCUUUGUACAGAGUUAUAUAUCUAUGUUGCACCUUGGCCUCUGUCCCCUGCCCCCUCCCCCUAGAGCUGGGGAAGGAAGGGGUUACAAGGGAACUUGCCCCUGGAGGGGCGCUAGCUGUGUCCAUGUCCCUUUGUGAAAUACCGUGCCGUGGAGGUC